GGGGGUGAGACUCGCUCAUCACUCCGCCAGAACAAGCGGACUGGAUCUGAACAGAGCAGACAGGAGCGGAUGGUGUAGCCUGGCCAAACAGAACUUGGCAGUCUAAGGCUGGUUUCUGUGGGAGAGAAGAACAUCUAAAGAAGCUUUUUUGGAAAAGAAGAAGCUGCAGAGAGACCUGCCGGCGCUCUGAGCUCUGAAUGAAGGACUGAGGUGCUGCCACAAGCCGAAGUGAUGGCACAGCGAGGACACCCUGCCAUUGCCCCUCUUCUUCUCUCCCUUGUCUUAGUGGGAAUCGUUUCUGAGGCCCAGGGCUCUGGAUACCUGUCAGGGUUUCGCCUCAGGUCUCGUUUGCAAAGGGACCGCCACAUGAGAAACGUCCGACCCAACAUCAUCCUUAUUCUCACUGAUGAUCAGGACAUAGAACUGGGCUCAAUGCAGGCCAUGAACAAAACUCGGCGCAUCAUGGAAAAGGGAGGUACGUAUUUUUCAAACGCUUUCUCCACCACCCCCAUGUGCUGCCCAUCCCGCUCCUCCAUCCUGACUGGGAAGUAUGUGCACAACCACCACACUUACACCAACAACGAGAACUGCUCCUCACCUUCAUGGCAGGCGCACCAUGAGCCUCACACAUUUGCCGUGCACCUGAACAACUCUGGUUACAGAACCGCCUUCUUUGGAAAGUAUCUGAAUGAGUACAAUGGCUCCUAUGUGCCCCCUGGCUGGAAAGAAUGGGUAGCACUGGUGAAGAACUCCCGCUUCUACAACUACACCCUCUGCAGGAAUGGUGUACGGGAAAAACACAGCAGUGACUACCAAAAGGACUACCUAACAGAUGUCAUCACCAACAACAGCAUCAACUACUUCCUGAUGUCCAAGAGGAUGUAUCCUCACCGGCCUGUCCUGAUGGUCCUGAGCCAUGUUGCUCCACACGGCCCUGAGGACUCUGCUCCACAGUACAGCACUGCCUUUCCUAACGCCUCUCAGCACAUAACCCCGAGCUACAACUACGCCCCUAACCCAGACAAACACUGGAUCCUCCGCUAUACUGGACCAAUGAAGCCUGUCCACAUGCAGUUUACUAACAUGCUUCAGCGCAGGAGGAUGCAGACUCUGCUGUCCGUGGACGAUAGUGUGGAGAAGGUGUACAACAUGUUGGUAGAGACGGGGGAACUGGACAACACCUACCUCAUUUACACCUCCGACCACGGCUAUCACAUCGGUCAGUUUGGUCUGGUUAAGGGCAAAUCAAUGCCCUAUGAGUUUGAUAUCCGUGUCCCAUUCUAUAUACGGGGACCUAAUGUGGAGCAAGGCACGAUAAACCCUCACAUCGUGUUGAACAUUGAUCUUGCACCUACUUUGCUGGAGAUGGCCGGUGUUGAUAUUCCUGCUGAAAUGGAUGGCAAGUCCAUCCUCAAACUGCUGGCCACAGAUCGACCAAUAAACAGGUUCCAGUUGAACAGAAAAGGAAAAACCUGGAGAGACUCCUUCCUGGUGGAGAGAGGGAAGCUUCCACACAAGAGAGCUGACGGGAAGGAAAUGGCCCAGGAGGAGAACUUCCUGCCAAAAUACCAGAGGGUGAAGGACCUGUGCCAGAAAGCAGAGUACCAGACUUCAUGCCAGCAGCCAGGACAGAAGUGGCAGUGUGUGGAGGAUCCGACUGGCAAGCUGAGGCUGUACAAGUGUAAAGGCAUGGCGAGUCUGUUCGCCCCACGCAUGCAGGCUCUGAUGGCCAGUAGUCCAUCCACACUGUCUUUUAAUUCUAACUUUGAUGACUGCAACUGUGACGAUGCCGGGUUCAAACCAUCUGUCCAGAAGAACAAGAGACUCCUAAGCAAAAAGAAGAUAAAGUCCAGUAAGGCUGUGACCAGGAAGCGCUGGGCUCGCUCUGUAUCAUUUGAGUUGGAUGGAGAUCUGUAUGCCGUGGACCUGGAGGACGGCUACAGGCCCCUGGGGUCCAGGAACAGCAGCUGGACCAGGGACAGGUGGAGAGGCGCAGGCCUCGCAGAAGAUGGUGAAGAAUUCAGUGGAAUGGGACUCGCAGCCAAACCUACCAGCCGUGACAAGCUCACACCACCUGCUGCUUUGAAAGUCACUUACAGAUGUUCCAUUCUUUUGAAUGACACAGUUAAGUGUGAUGGGGGGCUUUAUAAGUCCCUGCAAGCAUGGAAAGACCACAAACUGCACAUUGAGCAUGAGAUUGAAACUUUGCAGACCAAAAUCAAGAACUUGCGUGAGGUGAAAGGUCACCUGAAAAAGGUGCGGCCAGAGGAAUGUCAGUGUAGCCCUCCCAGUUACCUUCCCAAGAACAAGGAGGCUUACCUGCUAAAUGUUGAACACUCCCUCAGAGUGCCAUCCAAGCAGAAAACACAGUGGCUGCAGAAGGAACAGAAGCGCAGAAAAAAACUGCGAAAAUUUCUAAAGCGACUGCAGAACAAUGACACCUGCAGCAUGCCUGGUCUUACCUGCUUCACCCAUGACAACCAUCACUGGCAGACUGCCCCCUUCUGGACAAUGGGUCCGUUCUGUGCAUGCACCAGUGCCAACAACAACACAUACUGGUGCCUGAGGACCAUCAAUGACACACACAACUUCCUGUUCUGUGAAUUUGCCACCGGUUUCAUGGAAUAUUUUGACCUCAGUACUGAUCCUUACCAGCUGAUAAACGCUGUCAGCACUCUUGAUCGCAACGCUCUCAAUUCAAUGCAUCAACAGCUCAUGGCCUUACGGAGCUGCAAGGGGCACAAGCAAUGCAACCCUGAAAAGGGAGGAAAGGAGAGGAACCACUUCAGUGAGUACAGGCCAGUUCAUCGUCGAAAGAGGCCAAAAAUGAAGAAGUCUUCCUCCAAAUCGCUGGGGCAGAUCUGGGAGGGAUGGGUUGGUUAAAUACCCGCUGCCCCAAACCCACCAUAGCAGCCUCCUCCAGCAGAGGACGGAGAAUGAAGACCACAUACCAACCUGAGGACCUUGACCACACUUCACUGAACCAUAACCUGAGAUACUGUUCAUCUCUAAACUGGCUUUAGUUUUUUGGGAGAGCUGCUCUUUGUGGCCUUCGUGUGGAUGAGACACUAAGACUGAAAAAGAAAAAAUCGACUUUUAAUUUAUCUACACUGGAAAACAUAACCAUUUAAAUGUGUUUACCCCGGGCUUUAGAGAUCAACAUCUGGGCAAUGUGGUCAGUUUGGCGUCCAGAAGCCAAUCAGUGCAACAGUAGUAUUUGUAGAUAAUAUAAAGAAAAUCGCUUUAAUCUGCUUUCUUUUGUGGAAAACGGGACUGGAUGGAAGCAUGAUGAGCUACGUGUCAACUCUGCUGCUACACAAAACAUCAUGGCCUCGUUAUGUCUCUGCAGCACAUGCAGAGAAACUGAACAUUGUAUUUCAGAUGACGACGUGUUUGCACAUGGAAGUGAUGUGAACUUUCCUGACAGCCAACUGUAUCAAACUUCUCUCCAUAAUCUUGUGUUAUAGUAGAUCUUAACACUGAAUGUCUUUACAAAGUGUUAUCCCCAUCACAUGUGUAAGAUGUGAUCCGACUUUCUUUACAACCAUUCAACCAUCUAAACCUGGAAUAGGCCUACACUAACCACUGCCUCACACCCAUUAGAA